GUCGCUAUGAACUGUAAGAACUGGUAAAGAAAACAGCUGAUGAACCAAUAAAUUCCAGCUGCUUAUCCAGAAAUUCUAGGGGCUAGACAACUCGAAGAUGUCAUUUCUUACAAAAUUCGGAAGCCAUGUAUACAAAAGUGGACUGGGGUUGCUAAACGCCGCUUUCUCUGGGAAAGCGCCAGCAACCAUCGCAAACGAUCGAAGUUAUCACAUAAUGGCGAACUGUCGUACGUUAGGAGCAGAUCGUUUGGCUGCCACUAGCAAUGCUAUUGUGCCCACAAAUGUAGCUGCAGUGUCCGCCGAAGUGGGCCAACAGCGUUUGCUAACACCUUUUACUUCACUCUUAACACAAGUGGCUGGUUUUAAGGUUAAAGGUCGCUUGCGUCGUCGGUGCAAAGAUUGCUACUUUGUGGUGCGGCAACAGCGUGCCUAUGUAAUCUGUCCCACUCACCCGCGACAUAAACAAAUGGCUAUGAAGAAGCGUGAAAAGAAUACUUGGAUAUUAACGCAUGCGACACAAUCGAAAGUAAGGCCAUACUGAGAUGAAUAAACUGGAGUAGCCCACUGGUGUAUGUAUAGAGUGCAUUGUUUUAUCGUACCGUGGUAAAUAAACCAAAUACUUUUUUAA